AUGGGUUCAAGGUCUGAUACAAUAGCUUCCCUCUUUGUGGCUCAUGAGAAGGUAUGUGAUAUUAACAAGCUUAGAUCCCUCUUCAAUUCAAAUAUAGUGGCUGACAUUCUUAAGGUGUUUUUGUGCCCAAUUGAAAUGGAAGAUAGAAUGGUUUGGCCUCAUGAGAGGAAUGGCCAAUUUAGUGUUCAAAGCUGUUAUAGGUACAUUCUUGCUCAGAUUGGUACCCAGUUUGUAGAGGCAUCAAAUGUACAGACCCAACACAUCCUUUGGAAACAUUUGUGGAAGAUGAAAGUUUCCAAUAAGGUCAAGAAGCAUGUUUUACCUGAUGGCACCUGCAGUAUAUGUCUUAGUGAACUUGAAACUCUUGCACGUGCUGUGAUGAGUUGUAACGCUAUUCAUAAAAUAUGGGAAUUGUAUUUACCUACUGUUUCUAUUGCUAAUAACAUGUCAGUUGUGGAGGUGGCCUUGCAUUUUUGUGAUAGGAAACUAAACAAGUAUGUGUAUGACAAAGUAAUGCUAUCUCCACCUGAUAAUGCACUGACUACGCUGCACAGUUUUGACAAGGUGAAACAGAAAACUCAGAUAAAACUCAAGAAUCAUUACAGAUGGCAACAUCCUCCUAUAGAUUGGUUGAAAUUAAAUGUAGAUGGUGCAGUAUUUGCUGAGCUGGGGAAAGCUGGUAUUGGUGUUAUGGCUGCCAAUAAAUCUGAAUGUGAAGUUGAUGAUACAGAAGCUAUUGAACUGUUAGCGAUUUUUCAAGGAACUCCUGUUUAUGUUUCUAGUCUAUAUCAUUCACUCCCAGUUCUUUGA